UGGUAUCCGUCGGAAGCCAUUGAUGUUUGUUGAUGUUCUUUGAACAGGUUGCAAAUUGUUUUGUUUUCUUUUUGCGUGCAUCAUUAAACGUGUUUGUUCGAAUGUUCCUUGUGAAACCUAAAGAGAAAAAACAAAUAAAAACAAACAGCUCCUGUCGAAAGCCAUCCAUACAUCCAUCCAUCGAAUGUUUAUGUAAAAUGAAAUAAAAAUGCACAACCGUUUGUUCUCUCGCGGGUAUUUUAAAUUAGAGGCAUUUUCGUAGUUUGCUUCUAUUUUCGCAAAUUAUACAUUUUAUUUGGGGUACUUCCGUUUCCCACUAUACACAAUCGGUGUCAUUCUUUUUGCCUGUCGAUGCAUACAUGCACUAAAAGGUACAACUAACCAAAGAGUAAAUAAGUGAGUUUAUAGUGGAUCUGCAUAUGUGUCGACGGUUUAAACUCUACACAAUUUCAAAUUUGCAUGAGAGUGAGUGUGUAUGUGUUGAAAUUGCAAUUGCACAUAGUUACAAACGUAUGUCUGUGUGCGUUGGCCAUAGCUUUUGGCCCAGGCAAUAACAAUAGCAAUAAUAAUAACAACAUAAACAAUAGAAAAAAAGCUGGGUAAUACUCUUAUAGCCUUCGGCCUAACGUGCAUCAAGCCAACAGCAUCUCGACACACAAUAAAUCUGGAUUAUAUUACAGCCACUUUUGGGAAUAAAUAUACAUAAAUAUUUUACAUUUUAAGCAAUAAAGGAGCAAUCAAUACACGAGUUGGAAAAAAAUACAACAACCACAAAGAAAUGCAAUCUAUGAAUAUUGUCUGAUAAUUAAAAUAACCGAAAGUGAACAUACAAUAUGAUUUAUAGGAACGAAAAAGUACAACGCGCAACAUAAACAAAGAAAGGAAAUACAUUCAUUUGUAUAUGUACAUAUAAGGAUGACGAUGGCCACCGAACAGAAACAGUACCAGUUAAAAACAUUAUCAUCAACUAUAACUACAAAUUCAACGGCAACUACAAGCGAUUCUUGCCUGACGUAUAUAUAAACGCAUACACAUGAACAUAUUAUAUAUGUAUGUAUUUAAAUUGUAUCCAGAUAUAAAUACAAAAGUUAUGGCAAACAAAAUCCAUAAAUAAGAACGAUCAACGAGUAUAUGCUCUGCCUUGUUUUUUGGCUUGAAUUCCUUUAUUUGUGUUGUUUUAAAUAAUAUAGAAUGUAUUUGUAAUCUGUAAAAAAAGAAAAUAAAAAAUAAAAACAAAUAAAUAAAAUACCAAACCAAAUAAAAAAGUAAAAAAGGAAGCAAUCGUACACCACACCAGUAUUGAACACUGGAUAAAGGAUCAUAAAACCAUAAAUGUAUACAAAUCUGCCAGCCAGCCAACCAACGAGCCAGUGGGAAAAGGUUACGAAAACAAAAAUAAAACUUUUUUUGUCUCUUUAUUUUUAUGAACAAGUACUCUGCAUAUUUAAGAGCUGUGAGCCGAACGCUGUGAUAUCACUGAAGUUUUCCUUUUUUAACAACUUCAAUACAAAUAUAAAAUAAUAAACCAACACCAAUCGAAACAACAAAUAGAAAAACUUUCUACAUUCAUAUGAAAAUUCAUAUUUCUGUUUUGUAAAACAGUUUGUUUAAGUUUAAACGUGUCUGUUUGUUUGUCUGUCUGUCUGUCGGGCCGUAUGUGCGGACGUGAAUGUGCCCAAAAACUACAGACACUUAAAAUUGUAUUGUUGUAUACUUUGCUCCUUAAAACGAGUAUUUGGUAGAUAACACAUAUAUAGUGUGGAUGUUAAGGAAUGAUAGAGAACAGAACAAUAAGUACAAGGCCAACGAGAAGGAAAAUUGUUUUUUAACACUACACAACUACAUAAAAACGACGUUAAGCCAGUAGUCAGUCAUAUAGCGGACCAACCAGUCAGCCACACAGUCAUUCAGUUAUAUAAAAGUUUCGUACCCAAUUGCCUUGGAUCCCAUAUAAAGUGUGAUUUAUACGCACAUUUUUCUUACAAACCUACGUACACAAAAGUAAAUCAUUGAAUGUUAUAUGUAUGUAUGUAUGUAUGUGUGUGAAUAAUUGAAUGGUUGGACGUACGGACGGACAAAUAGCCAUUUGUUUGAUAGUGUGUAAAUUUUACGUAUGUUUCAACAAACUGCUUUAUACCCAAAUACCCAAACGUACCGUAUCGCAUGAAUGUUAUUCAUUGAAACAUUUAAAAUCUCCAACAUUCAUAUAAACAAACAUACGCAAGGAAAAACGCACAAACACACACAUUCAAGUAUUGAAAUUACUAACCCACUUGUGUGCAAAUACAUUUCUCCAUUCAUUUGUACUUAUAUGUGUGUGCGUACGUAUAUGUUUGUAGGGAGCAGAAGAGCAAACAAUAGUUCAUUCUAUUUGUAAUUUUACUAUUUGGUGCUUGCUAAAGAGGCUUUACGAGCAAUAAAUGUCGAGUUAAGUCCUUUACGUCUUCUGCCUAAAGAGGCUGGUCAACCUAAACUAUUAAUUAAAGGCAACUAAAUCUGAUGGAAAAACAAGCUCGCACACACAAGUAAAUUUCGCACACCAUUUAGAUUGUACGCACCCAGACAAAUAAAAACAAAACAAAAACAUAGAAAAAACUAAAAUAUUUGGUGAAAUACGACAGCAGCAGGUUCAACGAAAUAUAUGUGAGACACUUCCAAUUGCCAUCUAAGCAAUACCAACUAGCAAACAAAAGCAAUCUAAUCACUAUACACCUACUAAACAAACGUUGUACAGUCGGAAAACACACAGACAGGCGAGGUCGGCCGUUAGCCAGUUUGUAUCACAUAAUGACCACACCGACGGAAGUGAAAUAUACGAGUUUAUCGCUGUCAUCGUUAAUCACAUGUUUUAUAUCCUGCUUUGUACUUGUUAGCUGCCUGCUGGAGAACUUUGUCUCGACGUCAGCUAAUGCUACGCCAUUGGCAGUGGCCGAGGAAGUUUUAAGUUGGGAUCAUGCAGUCGAUUUGAAUGAGGAUUUUCGUAUUUUAUGGAAAAUCAUUAAUCAAGAUAUAACAUUUGAAAUACAAGCACGUACACUGGGCUAUGUAGGUUUCGGAUUUUCACCCGAUGGUAAUAUUGCUGGCUCUGAUAUGGCCAUUGGUUGGGUUGACAGAGGCCAAACAUAUUUUCAGGACCGUCAUUUAAAACGUAAUGGAGACCCUGAGCCAAUUGUUGACCCCUCACAGGAUUACAUGCUAAUGCUGGGUUAUGAAAAUAGAACACAUACUGUACUAAGAUUUCGUAGAAAACUUGAUACUUGUGAUAAUGUACAUGACAUAGCAAUAACGAAUGAUACAAUGCGUGUUCUAUACAUGUAUAAUGAGAAUGAUCCACCACACGGGUCUGUGAGAUCUAGUCCACUACCAAAUUCCGCAGCAUCAUUUCAUCCUUAUAGGCCAAUAGUGCUGACACAACGACCGCAUAUACACUACCGGCAUUUAGAACAUAUUCGCAUACUGGAACUACGCAAUGAAGAUGUUGAACUGCCGAGAUUUGAUGACUCGUUAAUUUGGUGUAAAAUGUUUAAAUUGGACGACAUGAAGCACAAACAUCACUUAAUAAGGUAUGAACCCAUAUACGAUUCCCCAUCCAGUGUCCAUUAUUUACAACGCAUAACUCUAAGAGAAUGCCAUGGCAUGCACCAAGAAUUGGAGGAAAUGGCACGCGAACAAGGACGACAGUGCAUGGGUGCUCGUGAUAUUCCAUUAGCAUGUAAUGCUAUAGUUGCCUCGUGGUCACGCGGCUCUAAUAGUUUUACAUUCCCAGAAGAGGCUGGAUACCCAAUGGAAUCUCGCCAAUCCAAAUAUUAUCUCAUGGAAACUCACUAUAUAAAUUUACAGCCUGAUAUAAAACAAAUGUCAGCAAGACAAAUGGCAGACAACUCUGGACUAAAAAUUCAUUUUACUCAUGUAUUACGUCCUUAUGAUGCAGGAGUGCUAUCAAUUGGCAUGGAUCCAAAUUGGCGACAUAUAAUACCACCUGGACAGAAUCAGGUGGUGUCAGAAGGACAAUGUGUGGAAGACUGCACCGCAUAUGCAUUUCCACCCGAAGGCAUUCAUAUAUUUGCAGUAAUGAUGAGUACCCAUCUAAUUGGGAAGGAAGUUAAACUACGACAGAUUCGACAAACCGAAGAAUUACCACCAAUUGCACACGAUAGCAAUAUAGACGUCGCCUACCAAGACUUCCGUCGUCUGUUAACACCCGUGCAGGCAUUGCCUGGUGAUAGGCUUGUAGCUGAAUGCAUUUAUGAUAGUUCGUCACGGAAAGCAAUAACACUAGGUGGUUUAACUAUGAAGGAGGAAAGUUGUAUUGUAUUGACUCUUUACUACCCGCGACAAAAUAAGCUAACUACCUGUCAUUCACUUCCUAGUCUGCCAACAGUUCUUCACUCGCUUGGCAUUGAGCAACUAGCAACAGAUUCAAAUCCAGUACUCAUAUCUUCUCCUCCAGAAUUAUCAGGAAUGACGUUAGAGACAAGACUGUUAUCAUAUGACUGGCAAAAUCAUUUUAAUGAAUUCCAAGAGGCGACCAGAAAAGGUUCAUUUAAGCCACUUUGUUGGGGUGCAAAAAAUCAUGUUGUACCGAAUACGGAAUACCUGGAGGGUUACAACGUAAACAUUACGAAAUCCUAUAGAAAACAGAAACACUGUAAACACAAGAGACUGUUUGUGACGGAAGAAACAGUGCCUGACAUCAACUUUCCUGUUCUACAUGAAGUCGACAACAACAACAUUAUUGAGGGUGCUGCUCGAAGCAGUAGAAGUUCUGCCACAGAUGGAUUAAGUGUAACCCACGGCUAUAGUCGAACGAUUGCAACAACUUUAUCAUCUACAACAUCGUUUCUAAUGUUGCAGCAAGUAUUCAGGUGGUGGUGCUUCCUUCCAUCGUGAAAGAUUUAAAAUGUCACAAAUUCACCACAAUUGUGUCGGAGAACAUAUGAUAUUGCUACGUUGUGCAUUAAGGUAAAUUUCACAAAAAGACACAAUGAAAGAUAAUAGGAACAUAAAAGUAAAAAAUAUUUUUUUCUUAUUUUAUAUUCCCCUCCCAAAAAUGUAUUUUUUACGAUAUUUUUUAUAUAUCUUUAUGAAAUUGAUUAAUUUAAAGCCAUUGGUGUAUGUUUGUGAGAGAUAACGUACAAUUAUAUAUUGAAGCUGAAGUUAAGUUAAUAUCAUUCUGAAAAAAUAUUUGAAAGCAAUAUAUUGUGUUCAAUACAUUUAAGUUUAAGGUAUAAAAAAAUUUAAUAUUUCCUAGCAAAAUCUUCACACACUUUUUACUUUUUGAGUGAAUAACUACACGUUUCUGUUAGACGAUGACAAAAAAAAAAUAACUACUUGCAAGUGCUAUUCAUAACGACCACUCAUUACCAAUUAUAAAAACAUGCAAAUAUAUUUUACUGGGUUAUGCACAUUUAAAACUAUUUUAAAUUAAAGAUUAA